AUGGGAAUUUACAGAUCAAGCAAUCGACGUUACCAAGCUCGACAAGCAGCUCGAAAAAGCUUAGAAAAGCGUCAAGCUAUCUCUCACAAUAAGAUUAUUGCAGAAAUCAAAGCCUUAAUAUUAGAUUUAAAUCAAGAACAGCUUAAUGAUAUUUAUAAAGUAUUAAUGAAGCUUAUGAAUAAUGAAACCAUUACGGUGGUGUUCUUGGAACUUCUUUUAGUUCUUAGCAUUUCUAAGAUCGUACUUUCGUCCUAUGUUCUUGUGUCUUGUGGACGCAUUACUCUUGGUAUAUUCUGGGGC